GAACUACCUGCAGGCCAAUCUCGAUGAAGUGCUCGAGUCCUGUGGCUUCAGAGGUAUAGUUCAGUUUCAGCUUCUGUUGGCCGUGGCCACCGUGGCUUUGGUCGGCUUUGAGCGAUGGCGGCUCGCGCGCAACACGCGAAGGCAGCUGGAGAGCUACGGCCUGGUAGAGGAGAAGCCAGAGCCCCCGAGGAAGGAGAAGCCUUCUGCGUAUGGUGGGUCGGCCGGCGAGAACAUGAUGGCCGCAGUGCUCAACUCCAGGCAGCGUCGGCAGAAGGCCGACGCCACGCCGGGGCCCGCAGCGGUACAGGAAGAAGCGCGCCGGCUUCUCAGCCAGAUGGACGAAGAUGAUCUUCACACCCAGGAGCUCGCCGAAAAGCUUUUGCGGCAGAUGGACGACCACAACCCACCAGAAGCAAGAAGAGCAGAAGCGGAGGAAGAGGAGGACGAGGAAGAGGAAGAGGACGAAGAAGAAGAAGAAGAAGAAGAGGACGAGGAAGAGGAAGAAGGAGACGAAGAAGAUGAAGAGGACGAGGUGAGAAAACCCUAA